AUGCGCAACACAUUGAAAGCUGUCUCUCCCUUUCACGAUCCAGAGCCUGGUGCUCCACCCCCCUUCCCGCCUAUGCUUACCGACCAGCUCGAACUUUUUGGCAGUCCUCGUGGCAGUCCUCGUCAUUCAACUACGUUCAUUACUGAUGAGAUUCUCCCGCCAAAGCCCAAGAACACGCUGGCACCUGAGUUCAAGCUUGCAGCACGCCCACCCAAGAAUACCCAUCCUUCCUCACCGUACCCGAAGAGAGUCUCUCUCGAGCGUUCUCGUUCUCGGACACCCAUUCCCUCAGAUUCAUCGGGCUCCUUUGAUUCACUAUCAGACAGUGACUCAUCAACUUCGGCUGCAAGUUUAUCAGAAGACUCGAAGAUUCCAAAGCCUGCUGGUGAGCCCGGUCGUCCUGGGCAUGGAGGAUACACGCUCCACGAGGUUUUGGAUUGGAGUCCAAAGGCAUACACCAAGUUUAAGAAUUCUAUGCAUCACCUCAUCGAAGAGCACCUCGAUACGACAAAGUGUGCCUCCUCCCAAAGUCCUACCCUCCUGAAGACUGUCUGCGACAAAGCUGUCGAUGCUUUCCCCAAUCUGGAAAACUAUAGCGAAUUCUGGCCAGUUAAUGAUAUGAUCAUGAUGCACCUGAAAUAUACAUCGGGUCGUGCUAGGCAGAAAGAAGCAGGGAUGGUUACGGGAAAGAGUAAGAAACAUACAUCCAAGAUGAAUCCCCUUAUCAUUACCAUGUUUAUGAUCACAAAGCCCUGA